AUGCGAUCAUUGAUUCUUCUUGGAUCCCUUUUACAUGUGUUGUUUGUAAUGGGUCAUCCUGAACCAAUCGGGAACUUACAAGGACGUGAUUUGACUGGUCUGGAAUUGAUUCACUCAAACAUGCUUUCCAAGCGCACAACAGCGCCGAGGAACCCUGCAGCUUGUCGUGGUGUUAGCGGUAAGGUGCAUGAAUUUGAUGUGCAAGAUUACAGGAAAGUUAUCACCCACUUGGUGUCAAACCAAGUUUCAUGCGCUUACUUCAAAAACAUAGCUAUGCUCGUCAUUGUGGAGGCGACUGUAACAGAGGCGGUCUUUCAGCACACCUCGGCAAAAUACGUUAAAAACUGGUUUGUAUCAGACCUCAGUGCAACCUGUUGCAUUACCAACCCAGUCAAACUUGUCAGCAAACCACCACCACCGAGCGAUGAUGACGGCUUGAACAUCCAAGUAGUCUUUUUCGACGAAUCUAUGCCUUCCGCGCAAGUCGAGGAUUGUGACGACGAGCUGAAGGGGAUGAUGCUUUCCAUUGCUCGCCAACAAUGA